CAGCGGGGCUGGGAGUCACGUUGGGGGGAGCCGCGGAGAGGAGCCCGUUUACACUACUUUGCUAUAGCAGCUAUCGUUAAUGGUUAUUGCGUGGCCGGGAGGAAACCUGAUCGGCUAGAGCCGGCCGAGAGCAGGAGGAGGAGGAGGAGUGGACUUUCCAGAGAGAUAGGAAGGGGGGAGAGGAGGAGAAGGGGACGGGGGGAAGGGAAAAAAAAAAAAAAGAAAAAAAAUCAAACCGAAGCAUGUCUUCUGCCUCCCCCACGGACGAGAUCACGAGCGCGGUGGAGAUCAAGCAGGAAAAUGUGAUGGAAAUCCUCUCUGAAGCCAGCAAGGUGCCCCCCGACGGGGCCGCGGCGGGAGCCCUCAACCCCGCGCCGCCGCCGCCCCCUCCCGCCGCGGCCCCGUUCCCCAUGGAGCACGCAGGCUCCGCCGCCGCCGGGGAGGAGGGAGCCGCGGACCAGGUACUGCUCCACACGGAACUCCUGGCCAGGAAUCACCACGCUGCCUCCUCUCCCUCCUCCUCCUCCUCCUCUUCUUCUUCUUCUUCUUCUUCCUCCUCCUCCUCGCAGACCCCCCUGGCUUUCUCCCCGGACCACGUCGCCUGCGUCUGCGAGGCGCUGCAGCAAGGUGGGAACCUGGACCGCCUGGCCAGGUUCCUGUGGUCGUUGCCCCCGAGCGAUCUGCUACGUGGCAACGAGAGCCUGAUGAAAGCCCGGGCGCUGGUGGCUUUCCACCAGGGCAUCUACGCCGAGCUCUACAGCAUCCUGGAGAGCCACAACUUCGACUCCUCCAACCACCCGCUCCUGCAGGAGCUCUGGUACAAGGCUCGCUACACCGAGGCGGAGCGAGCCCGGGGCAGACCCCUGGGGGCGGUGGACAAGUACAGGCUGCGGAGGAAAUACCCUCUGCCCAGGACGAUCUGGGACGGCGAGGAGACGGUCUACUGCUUCAAGGAGAAGUCCCGCAACGCGCUGAAGGAGUUCUACAAGCUGAACCGGUACCCCUCGCCGGCCGCCAAGCGCAACCUGGCCAAGAUCACCGGGCUGUCCCUCACCCAGGUCAGCAACUGGUUCAAGAACCGCAGGCAGCGGGACCGCAACCCUUCCGAGACCCAGUCCAAAAGCGAGUCAGAUGGCAACCCUAGCACGGAAGAUGAAUCCAGUAAGGGGCAGGAGGAUUUAUCUCCCCAUCCGCUCUCCAGCUCAUCCGACGGCGUUACCAGCCUCAGCCUUCCUGGCCACACGGAGCCCGUCUACAUGCAGCAGCUCGGAAACACUAAAAUAGCCUUGAGCUCAUCGGGCGUCUUGUUGAAUGGAAACCUCGUGCCUGCCAGUACCUCUCCCGUCUUUCUCAAUGGUAGCUCUUUUCUUCAGGGACCCAAUGGUGUCAUUCUCAAUGGACUCAGCGUGGGGGCUUCGCAGACGGUUACCUUAAAUUCGCCCAAAACCACGUCGAGUGUUGUGAGCAACGGGGUGGCCAUUACUGACAUACUGUCAUCUUCGUCAGAAGACGUUAAGGACUUCAAACUUCUUCAGGCUUCAGUUCCCAACGCCGCGGCAGCCACCUUCAGCCCCAGCAACAUCCCGGUCUCAUUCCCAGGGUUGAUACCAAGCUCAGAGGUGAAAAGGGAAAGCAUACAAACUGCUGCUUCCCAAGAUGGAGGCUCUGUAGUUACUUUUACUGCUCCUGUCCAAAUAAACCAGUAUGGCAUUGUCCAGAUCCCCAAUUCAGGAACAAAUGGCCAGCUGCUGAACGGAAGCAUCGGUUUUUCUUCUCUGCAGCUGCCUCCCGUUUCUGUGGCAGCUUCACAAGGUAAUGUUUCAGUAAAUCCCAGCACAUCUGACGGAGGAACUUUUACAACUGAAUCUUCAACAGUGCAGCAAGGAAAGGUUUUCUUCAGCCCCCUCGCUCCGAAUGCAGUCGUUUAUACGGUUCCCAAUUCAGGCCAGGCAGUAGGCUCUGUCAAGCAAGAAGGACUGGAAAGAAGCCUUGUGUUUUCUCAGUUGAUGCCAGUCAGUCAGAACACGCAACUAAAUGUAAACAUGUCUUCUGAAAAUAUAUCCAGCGGAGGACUCCAGUCCCUGGCCUCCUCAUUAGUGAAUGUAACGCCCUCACAUAAUUUUUCCCUCACACCACCAACUCUCUUAAAUGCUGCAGAACUGAACUCUGGUAUCUCGGAGAGCCAGUCCAUGUCAUCGCCCGUGACCAGUACCUCUACCGUGAUAUCUAUCAGCAACACUAACUAUGCAACCCUGCAGAACUGUUCCCUCAUUACCAGUCAAGAUCUGUUGUCCAUUUCUACAGCACAGCCUGCGCUUGGAGAAAUAGUUUCUACAAGCGGAGACCGUGUCAGCCACUCCUCUGCACAAGUACAUGAAGAUUUUGUCAGAGAGCACAGGUUAGUUCUGCAAGCCGUACCUGACGUCAAAGAGAAUUUCUUACCUAAUUCAGAGAGUAAGUCAACUGGCAAUUUAAUGAUGCUGGAUUCAAAAUCCAAGUAUGUUAUGAGUAACGUGGUUGACACAGUUUGUGAAGAACUGGAAACGGACAAAAAGGAACUUGCCAAACUGCAGACAGUUCAGAUGGAUGAAGAUAUGCAAGACUUGUAACUUUUUUUUUUUCUUGCUUUCUGUUUUGAUAGAUAAGUCUCCUGUUGAAGCCCUAACAAGCACCAAGUGGGGUUUUUUUUUUGGUUUGGGUUUUGUUGUUGGUUUUUUUUUUCAUUUAAAGAAAACAGAACAUUUAAAUGGUCUGAAUCGAUGUACAGAGGAAUCUCUGGCAAUGGAAUUAGGUUGCCACACUUGGUUUGCAUGCAGUAUUCUCUUUUAAGCAGAUUAAAGGAGAAAGGAAAUGCCAGGGCAAGUACCGAGCGAAUGGGUGCAGGUUUGGCUAAGAGACACUACUCUGAUAAUUUAACUAGACUCUCCAUAGUGCAACAUACUCUCAACAGUAAGUAUACACUCCUAACUUUAGAUAGAAAACAAAAGUCUCGCUCCAAAAAGGUAGAAACAACGCGGUCAUUUUUGCUGUUUACUUCUAGUCCAUGGGCAUUGAGAAAUUUUUAAGGAACUCUAGACGAUACCUCACCGGCUACUUCUAUGUUGUUUGAGGUUAAGAAACGAAACAAAGUCAUAAAUAAUAUUGUUACUGGUGUAUUUGCUUUUUUUCCAGCAGACCUGCUUUCAAACCAAAAAUGUCACAUCAAACAUUUACAGGUUUCUAAAUGCUAUAGCUAGCAUUUUGUCAGUGCACCAGAAGAAGCAUCAUUUGAAACUCUAAUUAUGCAACUCAGAAGCUUUCUCUCCAGUAUGAAUGUAAAUAUUGUUUCAGUUCUUAUAAAGGAGACUUUUUUUAAAUUAGUACAAUGGAUUUUAUUUAUGGUUUAUGUUCCCUUUCACUUUAGACACAAGGCAUUGAAAAGGAAAACGUUUUCUGGCUGUUUAAUUUAUUUUUAUUGUUUGAGCAGGAAGUAAACGUAGUUAUUUCUGACAAGGUUUUACUUUUUUUUGUAGUUUUUCAAGCAAUAGACUGUAAAAGUAAAAUGUUAAUCACACUGAAACUAGAAAAUGAACUCCCAGUCUCACAAACCCAGGAGGUCCCUGUCUCUACCCCCUCUGUCUUUGUGUUCAGGGGUUUUUUGUUUGUUUCGUUAGUAAUUUGCGAAUUAGUUGAACCUUUUUGUGUAUUUUUUACAGAAUUCCACGUGCCUUUCUUCCUAGUGGCCUUAUCUUUGUUACUAAAGCACAGUGGCAGGAGGAAUAAAAACACUGAUUUGCAAAUAUCCGUCCUCAGGGCCAAAUCCUGAUGCCUUACUUCUGCAAGUAGACCCACUGACUUCGGUGCCCCUACUUGCACGAGUAAGAAGAGUUUUAAGUCUGUCAGUCAUUGUGGGUGACAUUUACUAGCGGUGCAGAGCGCCAAAGAUAGGUCCUUCUGCAGCACGUCAGCAGGGCAGGAGGAGUCCAGAGAGGGACCAUGGGCAGAGCUGUCAUGCCGAGGGAGAGGUCUUGGCUCCAGCCUCGGGCAGAUGAACAGGAAAGGUUGGAUGGGCAGGCCAGGGAAGGGAGCUCCAUGUUUACACGGACCCAUUGGCCAAACAUAUUGGCUCAUGUGGGAGGGCUUCAGCUGCUGUUCAAGCAAGCAGGCCCCCAUCCAGGAGUGCACUUAAGCGUGUAUUUAUAUAUCCUUCCAGAAUAAGCAGCGUGGGGGCUGAUGGUGGGAACUGCAGCUGCCCGAAGGCCUCCUAGAAGUAGCCAUGGUCUUUGCCUGGCUGGGGAUGGGUCUUCUCUCCCUUCGCCCCCAUGUGCUGCGCUGGGGACAGCAGAAGCAGGUGGGCUCUGAGCAGGUAGAGCAGCUCUUACCUUUCCUCCAGCGGAGUUUUUGUAGCAUGGAAAAGCACAUCCUUAAGCUUUAAAAUAAUAAUAAGAAUGCAGAUGUAUAAAAAUGACAUUCUGUUAACCUUUGUGGUUUUGUUUUGUUAUUUUUUUAUUCUAAUGUGAAUAUAUACAGUAACUAAAGCAUGUAUUCAUCCUCAUCAGGGGCCUGGUCCAAAGCCUUUGGAAGGCAAUGGGAAAUGUUUUCAUAAGCUUCUGUGGGCUCCAAAUCAGGCUCAGGACAAAACAAGAUCACUUGUAAAGGGCAAAAAAAUGGAAAGGAAAGAGAAUAGAGGUAGCACAUCCCGGUCUGUUUCUGUCUUGGUUGUUAACUGGUUCUGUGGAAAGCCUUUGAGGAAUGAAGGGGUUUUUUUCUGUGUGCCCGUGAGCGUGGCGUAGGCAUCCUCACUGUUGUUUUGCACUAUAUUGAAUACAGCGUGUUUUGCAAGGUAUUCUGUGGAACCUUGAAGCUGAGCUCUGUCGGUAGGCGCUGGAGUCCGUGCUGCAAGCAUCAGAGUCUCUAGGGCUGCAGGGAAAGGGAAGAGCAAGCGUGCAAGGCGUGCACUUUGCAGCUGUACCGAGUCACUGAUGCUCUGCAAACAGAAGCAGCCCAUAAGCAGUUGGCUGUCCCCACCUGCUCCCAAGCACAAAGGGUGUUUAAGGCAAGCGCUUUAAAGUGGAGAUUAUCACAAGCAGAACAUGGAGCUAUACGUUUCCCUGGCACAACUUUCCUUGACAUUCAGGGGAUCUCUGUGUGAGCAGGGAAUUGGAUAGUCCAGAAUUCUCCCCUCUGCUCUGCUUGUUUAUGCUUGCUGCGCUCCAGCAUGAGCAAUCUGCUUCCCACCUCUUCUUUGCCCAUAAAACCAAGAUGAUGAUGACAAUAACAGUAGAUGUAUCUGCCUUGCAUGAAUUUGUUAAACGGUUUGGAAAAUUAGAAGGACCCUAUAUUGUUGUCAUAUUAAUGGAGAACGUGUGUGUGGCUCUGAAGGAGUUGUUUGGGGCUUAACAUUUCAUCUGUGAAGCUCAGACUAUAUUUGGAGGCAGGCUAGAGAGUAUUUCAGAGCACUCUCGGUUGUUGACACGAUCAGGUCUCGUAACUGAAAAGACUGCGGUGUU